GUGUCGUAUCUCACAUAAUGGGUGAUUGAAGCGCUAGAGAAACAAUGGAGCAAAGCUACUGAUCCCAUUUGUUUUGUAAUUUAAUAUUUGGUAAAAACUGUGUACUUAAACAUUUUUACCUUUUACCAAUGUGAUAGACAACUUUAUGCUUUUGUUUUUUGGUUUGUUCUCAGUUAGAUAUGAAACAUUUUGAAAUGAUUCGAUAAAGAAAAUUCAUAUGCAAAUGGUGCCAUUUGCUAUUUCUUGACUGUGGUUCUCAUUUCCAGUGUAGCUUAAAUUCGUAACGUUAUGUUGGUGGUAUUCAUAAGAGAAAAGAACUCACUCGUCCGAUGAUUGUUCACUAGACGAAAUGGGCAUCCGUCUGGUCGACCAAAAGAACUGGUUUUGAUCUACGCUCGCGUAGAUUAAUCGCGCAUGGAAGGUUUGUUUGAAAUUUUGGAACAAACAUUUACACAACUUCCAUACAGCGUGUUACCACUCACACAUAUGCGUGGAGCGUUAGAAGAGUGUUUUGCGGAGAUAAUGCCAAGAGCGUUGAGAUAACGCAACUUGGAGAGGAAGACCCAUACGAGAGAUUCGAUAGAAAACAAAAAACAUUGAACCAUUCAUUUCCAAUCGUGUCGCGCAUCAAGACGGAAGUUUGUUCGGGACGUUUGCGUAACUUAGAAGCAACAGCAAAAAAAAAAAAAAACAAAAUCAUGAGGAUAGACUGGACGAUUACGGUGGCUCUGCUAGCCAUGCUAUAUGCUGCCAACAUACUCGGACCGGUUGAAGGGGCAAAGAUUUUGACUAUCUUUCCAACAUCCGCUCGGUCACACUACAUUGUCGGAUCGGCGCUAACGAAAGAGCUGGCAAGACGUGGUCACGAGGUGACCGUUAUCAAUCCUUUCCCACAGAAGAAACCGUUAAAAAAUUAUCGCGAUAUAGAUGUAAGCGGUUCUGCAGAUAUCGUCAAGGAUCUCGUACCGAAUCUUUUCGAAAUGGCUGAUCUAGGCGUAUGGGAAAGUAUAACGUUAACGAACAAAUUUGGACAAAUUCUUGCCAACUACACACUGCAGCACCCGAACGUGAAAAAACUGAUCCAGUCAAACGAGAAGUUUGAUUUAAUUAUCAUGGAAAGCUUCUUGAACGAUGCUCAUCUGGGCUUUGUGCAUCACUUUAAGGCCCCUUGCGUCGUGCUGUCCACGUUUGGAGCAUCUCGCUGGACUAAUGAGCUGGUCGGAACGCCAUCACCGAUAUCUUACGUACCUCAUCCGUUUCUGAGCUUUACCGAUCGGAUGUCAUUUGUGCAGCGGAUCGGUAACAUGCUGAUGACGAUUAUGGACAGUGUGCUUGGGCACGUGCUGGAUUUCCCGGUGCAGAGUGCAAUGUACGAAGCUGCAUUUCCCGAUCCCAAACCACCGCUGGAACAUUUACGUCGGCAUGCCGUAUCGUUGGUACUGCUGAACAAUCAUUUCAGUCUCAGCUACCCGCGACCGUACGUACCGAACAUGAUCGAGGUCGGUGGAAUGCAUGUCAAUCGUAAACCGAACCCACUGCCGGAAGAUAUACAGAAGAUACUGGACAAUGCACCGAACGGUGUGAUUUACUUUUCGAUGGGUUCCAACAUCCAGAGCAGUCAACUGCCGGUGGAAAAGCGUGAAGCGAUACUGCGUGUCUUUGCCAAGCUGAAGCAAACCGUGCUUUGGAAGUGGGAAGAUGAAACGUUACCGAACCGGCCGGCAAAUGUGAUCGUGAAGGCAUGGUGGCCUCAGGACGACAUACUGGCCCACCCGAAUGUGCGACUGUUUAUCACGCACGGUGGGCUGCUCAGUACGACCGAGUCUAUGUACCAUGGUGUACCAGUCAUUGGCAUCCCGGUGUUCGGCGAUCAGUACCUAAAUAUGGCCAAAGCAGAACGUACUGGGUUUGGAUUGCUCUUACCCUAUCAGGAAAUAUCUGAGGAGCGUCUCGCGCGCGCAAUCAACCAAAUUCUGGGCGAUUCGAAGUUUAAAACGAUGGCCCAAAGUAUAUCGGCACGGUACCGUGAUCAACCGCAGGAACCACUCGACUUGGCCGUGUAUUGGGUGGAGUACGUCAUUCGGCACCGUGGAGCGGUACAUUUAAAAUCCGCCGGACAAGAGUUGGGAUUCUUGCAGUAUCACGCGAUCGAUGUGAUCGUCACAUUAGUUGGCGUUCCGGUCCUAUUUUUCUAUCUACUGUUUAAGUUGCUGUGUGGCGGACGAUCGAAAAAGAAUGCUUCGCUGAAUGCGAAAAAGAAGCGAAAUUAAACAUGUGUAGAUCAUGAUGCAUGAUCACACUACAUGCCUGUGACCAGUAUUCCUAACAGAUGCUUUAUUAAAUAAACGAGAAUGAAGAUCUACGAGCUUCAGCUUUUGGUUGGCGAG